AUGGCGCUAACUACGACAGUAUAUUUUCUACCAAAUUCAAUAAUUACUAAUGUAUUUUUUAUCUGCAAACAGGGUGAAGUGCGAAACGGAACUUGUCAUAGUCGAUUGGGUAACGGCACAUUUUAUAAUGGUGAAAAAAACAUAUAUAAAAACAACGAAUUUUAUAAAAUAACCGAUAAAGUUGUUCCUACACAUAUGGGAAAACACGAAUGUUUCGCGAAAAUCAAUGGUACCUAUUACGUUGUAUCAGUUAUUUUCUCAAACAUAAGUGGCUGGGUGUAUCCGGAUUCAGUCUCUUAUCGGUUCAUGGGUGAAAAAAUGUGUGGGUCAGAUAUGUGCAUUGAGGCUGCUAAUCAAGGCUACAUGCUGUGUGAUGCCGGGAUCCAUGAUUGCUACGUAGUGAAUAACUCUUAUCGGUGUAAGAAAGGAGUUCCACUAAUAGAUUCCUGUGAGUAUUUGGCUAAAGAUUUAAAUUGGUCUUGUCCACAUGUCUCCAGAAAUUCCCCUGAAAUAGCCGAUUACGGACGGACCCUACAUAGUGUUUCCUACAACGCCAAAACUCUGUAUCGCAUAAAUCCAGAUUAUAUUUUGAAUUUCACUUCUAAAUUCACUGACGAUGAGAUCAGACAACAGCUUGCUCGCAACAGUGUUUCUGAACGUCGUUUAAUUGCCAGUCAGUUACUUGACAGCAUGAGGUUUGCAUUAGAUACGUCUCCAACCAUUGUUGCAUCCGGCUAUAAUUGGUCUACAAACUCUACUGCGAAUUCAGAAUUUCUGUCGACUUCAGCUUCCAAAAAACUGCAAACAGUCUCCGUAUUUCUCCAUUUAGUCGCGGAGAUCGCCCGCCAAACCCCUUCUGUUAUCGAUUUAUUAAGAUCCGGCAAAGAAACUGAAAAGAGUUUACGGUUUUGGCAUUUGUCUUCAGAUACAGGCAAUAUAACAAUGAAUAGUUCGCAAGGGAAGGUGAUCAAGUUUUCCAUUAAACCAAAGCAAUCAGAAAUGCAUGAUACAUUCAUCGCCGUAAUCCCAGCUGCCAACUUUCCAGGAGUUCUUCUGACACAACUAGACAAUAUCAAAAAAGUGACAACACCUUCCUUAGACUCAGAUGUUGUAUUGGUCGACACCAACAACGGCCUAUCAUUCACUCUAUCUGUGGAUUUAUCUCAGAAACCGAAUAUCACUGUAUCAUGUGAACAACUAAAACAGAAUCCCGAGUUUAAAGAACUGUGGAAUGAUGGAAAUUGCAAAACAAUUAUUGUCGGUUCUGAUUUUGAAUGCCAAUGUCUUCCAGCUCAGGGUGGAACAUUCGCGAUCGCUUUGGUUUACUGGUUAGGAUCGUCACAUAUUCCAUUGACACAUGUGUACUCCAUAAGUAUUGUUAAUUAUAUUUUUACUUUCGUAACUAUUGUCGCUUUAUUCCUGUUUUUAAUAUUCACCCGUUUCAUUGGAGUUUUUAGGUUGGAUCAAUUCAACAUAGCGUUUUGCUUAAUGGUGAGCGCAAUUGUCUCUUUGGCGAUUCCACAUACAACUGACAGACAACCAAUUUUGUGCACUAUCAUCGCUGUUGCUGUUUGCUAUUUUCCGUUGGCUGCUUUUUCAUGGAAAUUUAUAUUUGGGUUGAAUACAUUAAUAUUAAUCAUUGCACCACAUUCUCGAUACCAUGACCUUGUUUCUAAACCGAAAAAUUGUUUGCCAUUAGUUUGGAUAGGUUAUUUGAGUCCUGCAAUUAUUAUUGGUACAUGGUUUGGCUACACAGGAGAAGUUAGUAACAGUGGUCUCUGCAUUGGUCCCAAAACUCUCCGUUGGUCUUUUGUUGGUCCAAUAACAACAGUUGUUACUUUUAACUUCGUUAUAUUGUUUGUAGUUGGUCUCGUUCUUCUCAGAAAUUAUCUUGUUACUCGCAAAAGUAAACUAAAUAAAACAACACACUUUUUAGUGCUGACGCAGUUGAUGCUAACGUUAGGAAUUCCAUACAUUGCAAUUUACAUUCAGCUAUUGGACGCUUUCACUAUGCUAAUUGUUGUACCAGUUGCAAUGGCUCUAACAGCUGUACUUAUGUUUCUUCUAGUCGCCGUUUUUGAUGAGGAAAAUCGUCAUUUACUACGAUCCUUUAUUUACAAACACAUCGCACGUUCAAGUGAGCACAGCUCUGGGACGAUGACAUUGAGAAAUCUAUGCAGGGGAGAAUUAGAGUCAAAGUCUAAAAAAUCUCCUCUCCAUCAUAUGGAGCGGGAUCACUUUUCGUCAAAUUACUUAAGCACACACGCUUUACGCAACCCAGAUAACGGGAAAAGUGCCUAUCAACAUGAUAACACAAUUAGAAGGAAAACACAAGAAUAUAGUUCAAGUAUUGCCUCACCUGAAACUGGUAAUUCAGUUGUACUUUGCGAUUCGAGACAACUAAAUGGGGAGUUGUUUAAUGACAUUUCGUCCACUGAAGAAGAUCACACAGUCGAAAAUAUAAAGAAUGAAGGUGAUGUCAAUCUUGGUUUUCCAAAUAAUCGUACACAUUUUUUACCUUCUUUCAACAGUCUAGUCACUCGGAUGUAA